UGCCCCACGCGCAUUCUCUGGCUCGCGCCGGCUCUCCGGACCUGGCCUAAGACCCAGGGCCUGGACCCUAAGGAAGCCUUCGGAUAUGGGGAUGGGGGUUGGGGGAGCCCAAGCUGAGAGCGUGAUCGCGCCUCCCAGGGCUGCAGAACGGAGGCGCGCGACCCUGGGAUCAAGGGCUCAGUGGUGCAGAGACAGCCACGCCAAGACGUGAUCUCUCCAGACUCCCCACUGUUUCCCCCUGCACUAUGCUGAGAGUUCCCUUUUUUCCCGCCCUUCCCGGUCACCUGGGUGCUAUCAGGUUGAAUCCACCAAAGCGAUGGUUAUGGAGAAGCCUAGUCCCCUGCUGGUCGGGCGGGAGUUUGUGCGACAGUACUACACGCUGCUGAACCAGGCCCCGGACAUGCUGCACAGAUUUUAUGGAAAGAACUCUUCCUAUGCCCACGGGGGCUUGGAUUCCAACGGGAAGCCAGCAGAUGCAGUCUACGGGCAGAAGGAAAUCCACAGGAAAGUGAUGUCACAAAACUUCACCAACUGCCACACCAAGAUCCGUCACGUGGAUGCUCACGCAACUCUGAAUGACGGGGUGGUGGUCCAAGUGAUGGGGCUACUGUCCAACAACAACCAGGCUCUGCGGAGGUUCAUGCAGACCUUUGUCCUUGCUCCUGAGGGCUCUGUUGCCAACAAAUUCUAUGUUCACAACGACAUCUUCAGAUACCAAGAUGAGGUCUUCGGUGGCUUUGUCACAGAGCCUCAAGAGGAAUCUGAGGAAGAAGUAGAAGAACCUGAAGAAAGACAGCAGACACCAGAGGUGGUGCCUGAUGAUUCUGGAACUUUCUAUGAUCAGACCGUCAGCAAUGACUUGGAAGAGCAUUUAGAGGAGCCUGUUGUGGAACCAGAACCGGAGCCAGAGCCGGAGCCGGAGCCGGAGCCGGAGCCGGAACCUGUGUCCGACAUUCAAGAGGACAAGCCCGAGCCUGCAUUGGAAGAAGCUGCUCCUGAGGAUGUGCAGAAGAGCACUUCCCCGGCCCCGGCAGAUGUGGCCCCCGCACAGGAGGACUUAAGGACAUUUUCUUGGGCAUCUGUGACUAGUAAGAACCUUCCUCCCAGUGGGGCUGUUCCAGUUACGGGGACACCACCUCAUGUGGUCAAAGUGCCAGUGUCACAGCCCCGUCCAGAAUCUAAACCUGACUCUCAGCUUCCACCACAAAGGCCUCAGAGAGAUCAAAGAGUUCGAGAGCAGCGGAUCAAUAUCCCUCCUCAGAGAGGACCUCGGCCAAUCCGUGAGGCUGGUGAACCAGGAGAUGUGGAACCUCGAAGGAUGGUGAGGCACCCUGACAGUCACCAGCUCUUCAUUGGGAACCUGCCACAUGAGGUUGACAAGUCGGAACUGAAGGAUUUUUUCCAAAAUUAUGGGAAUGUGGUGGAGCUGCGCAUCAACAGUGGUGGGAAGUUACCCAAUUUUGGUUUUGUUGUGUUUGAUGAUUCUGAACCCGUUCAGAAGGUCCUUAAUAAUAGGCCCAUCAUGUUCCGAGGCGCUGUCCGCCUGAAUGUGGAAGAGAAGAAGACUCGAGCUGCCAGAGAAGGCGACCGCAGGGAUAACCGCCUUCGGGGACCUGGAGGCCCCCGUGGUGGGCCGAGUGGUGGGAUGAGAGGCCCUCCCCGCGGAGGCAUGGUGCAGAAACCAGGCUUUGGCGUGGGCAGGGGGAUUACAACUCCAAGGCAGUGAAUUGCUUGGCUCAGAUCUCCACACAGCACACAGCCCCGGCUCCUGCAGAAUGGUGAAUUCCUUCAACCAGCCUUUGGUGUCUCGGAGUAGUCUAUUAUAAACUGCUUGAGUUUGUACAAUUUUAAUUUCGCUUGUGUUCAUGGUGUGUGCUCCCCAAGCCCUUUCCUCCCUUGACCCCUUAGUCCUCCAUUCCCAGUUCUCCGGAAUGAUACUUUAGGAGGAAUAGAUUUGUAAAGGAGAAGAGGAAGACGGACCUUCCCGCUCACGCUGCAUACACAGACUGGACUUUCACAGCCAUUCCCCAGAGGAGCGUGUCUCGGUUUCACUGACAACGGAUAUUUCAUUUGUGGGGAGACACAGGAUUUGAUAAACAUUUUGGAAGCAGGAAAAAUCAAGUCACGACUCCUUUCUGGUGUGGAAAAAUUGCCUUUGGCAACUGCCACUGGGUCCCUGCUGGUGUGGCUAACUGAAUAAAAGGUGUUUCCAGAACUCUAUUCUUUUGACAUGUGAUUACCAAACAAUUCUAAACCUCCAUUUUUACCAUUGGAUUUUUAAAUUGUGAUGUAGCCUGUCAAUGUCUAGAACACAGCUAAGGACUUUUGUUGAACUGUUAGUUUUUUUUUUUUUGAGGUAGAGUUUUUCAUGUUUUAUUUGUAUUUGUAAAAAAAAGAAAAAAAAAGAAAAAAGGACAAAAAAUUCCCACAAGAAAACAAUCCCCCAAAUCUGAUAACAAAACCAAGCAAAACUGUGCCUUCUAUUUAUCUUUGAUUCCGGUCCUGGCAAUUGUUUAAAGAAAAGUAAUAAAGAUUCUAGAUUUGUUUUCAGAUUCAGAGUAUGUGGGGGAACUAUAGACUUUUUUUGAUCCCGUGUACGUGUGUGUUAACAUUGUUCUGCCUUACCCUAAAAUCACGCCCCAGACUGGGAUGCUUAUGGAGGUGCUUCUGUGAGGCCUGGGACCCCAGUGGUCUGCGCCAUGCUCUACUCUGCUGUCUGUUGGGUUCCUGGUGGGCCAUAAGAAAAUUUGGUUGAAUAUCGGACUUGGCUAAUGUGCUCCAGGCUCUGCAGUUUUUUCUUUAAAUCAUAGCCAUAUGGUAAAUUUUCUAUUUUGUUACGGUUCUCUUUUACUGAUGGACAUGCAGUGGGUGUUUCUUGGAAAAAGGCCAAUUUUUAUUAAAAUAUUUCUGGAUGAAAACUUCA